AUGAUAUGUGAUCUCCUGGAUACACCACACGCACACACAAGUACCAGGCACUGCUGCUCAGCUGAGCAAAAUGUCUUUCUCUUAGAAGUGGUGCUCAUCACAGCUUUCAAAUCCUUGACGAUGUUGCCAUGCUUUCCUUUCUGGCUUCUACCUUUUUCUGUCUUUGUCUGCCUGCUUUUCUUACCCGUGGGCCAUUUUUGCCCUGCUGUCUGUAGCUGUAUGGACUACCACACUAUAGAUUGCCGGGAUCAAGGACUCCCCAGUGUUCCUAAUCCAUUUCCAUUGGAUGUACGGAAACUUCUUAUAGCUGAUAACAACAUUCAGGCAAUACCAGCUGAUUUCUUUAUAUUUUAUGGAGAUCUAGUCUAUUUGGACUUCAGGAAUAACUCCCUCACCUCUUUAGAAGAGGGCACUUUUAGCAGUUCUACCAAACUGGUGUAUUUAGACUUAAGCUACAAUAAUUUAACACAGCUUGAAGCUGGGAUUUUCAAAUCAGCAGAAAAACUGAUAAAAUUGAGCCUUGGGAACAAUAACCUGGCGGAUGUGGAUGAGGCUGCUUUUGAGAACCUGGAACAGCUCCAAGUGUUAGAAUUGAAUGACAAUAAUUUACAAAGCCUAAAUGUGGCUGCCCUAGAAGCACUUCCCUCCCUGCGGACUAUACGCUUAGAGGGCAACCCCUGGGUCUGUGACUGUGACUUUGCCAAUCUUUUCAGCUGGAUACAGGAGAAUGCCUCCAAGCUCCAGAAAGGUCUUCAUGAAAUCCAAUGUUCCCUGCCUGUGGAAAAUAGAAGAAUCUUUCUGAAUGAAUUAUCUGAGGUCAGCUUUAGUGAAUGCAAAUUUAGUUUGUCAUUGACGGACCUUUUUAUCAUCAUCUUCUCUGGAGUCGCAGUCUCCAUUGCUGCUAUUCUAUCAAGCUUCUUCUUAGCAAGUCUAGUACACUGCUUCCAAAGAUGUGCUCCCAGUAAAGAUGACGAUGAUGAUGAAGACAACAGCGAGGACUGAACUUAGUCUAUAUAUUUAAAUUUUCUUGGUUUAUAAGUACUAGAUGAGUAGCCAAAGUUUAGGAAGAAAACAAAUAGAAUAAAAGCUUUAAACGUGAAUUAAAUGAAAUCAAUGUAUAAGGUUCCGAUCUAAUCUCAUGAAGUUCGUGGGUAGGAAUUACAGUUUGCAUCUGAGACUGUUGCAGUUUUGCUUACCUGUGUGACCUGAUGGAAUGAGAUUGGAUUGAUUUCUAUAAUGCUUAAUCAAAUACUACAUUUACAUUUGGAAUUUAGAGGAAGAAGGGGGAAUGGCAAAAAAAAGUCCCAGUGUUUUGAAAGACUGACAGUUUCCAGAUUGUUUUCUGAUCAGUUGCAGAUUCCUGUAAGUGCUUAAUAGAUCAUUGUAAAUGCAAUUUAAAAAGUACUGACUACGUGGGAGUAUUUCAGCUGGAAAUACGGAAACAAUUUUAAAUAGUGUCCUCCCUAGAGAUAAGUAGUGGGAUAUUCUGGUAAGCUCAGUCAACUUUUGGAAUAACAAAGCGAUGUUAAAAUGAUUCCUAGAACUGUAGAAAAUUGUAGGAAGAUUGGCAUUUUCUCUUUACAAAUGUUCUCCAUAUACAUCCUCAAUUUAAAGUCAGUUACAGGCAUCAUUCAGACAAAAAAAAAAAAAAAAAAAAAUUCUAUAAGUGAGUACUGUUCUAGAUCUGAGAUCUGAGUCAUUAACUGCUGAACUGCAGCUGCCUGACACCUUAUGGCACAUAUACUAACUAUAACAUUCUUUUGCAUUUUAAAUGUAAUGUAGUAAAGGAAAUCCCUUCUCUGUUAUUCUUAGGCACAAGUAACUAUUGCAGAGUCCAGUCCAUUUAAUCAUUUUAAAACACUAAGGGCUAUAUUCUGUUCCUUGUUAUACCAGCAUAAUACAACUGAAAUGAACACCGUGCUGCAGAUUAGCAACUGUAUAAACAAGAGUGGAAUUUGGCCCUAAGAUAUUCUGACUGGAUUAUAGAUUUGUCAGCAGUUGAGCUCUUCUAUAUAAUGGUAGGUAUUUUUGUUAAAAUGAAAAAAGACAUUUACUACAAGAGAUUUUUGGAAUAGUACUGGACAGCUUUUUAGGAUAAGUAUAUUUUUAAAAUAUUUGUAAUGGAAAUAUUUUUUUAAAACUCCGAGUAUUUAAAGUACUAUCUAGAAUAGUCAUGAGGGCUUAAAGUAAUAUGUAGUAAUAAACAGUCUAUAGACUAUAUGCUGUUAUAGUAAAAUUAGAUCUGAUAAAAAGUAGCAUUUAUUAUCUACUGUAAUGCUAUUAUUUCCUAGAAAAACACUCUUUGGUUGUAAUAUUGCCUUGCUUAGUUAACAUGAAUGGACUUCUGUGGACAGUUAGUUCCAAAUCUCUUGUAUCUAUUCAGUGUGCUAAUUGCUCAGACAGACAGGAGUGGAAUUCACUUUGUGCAUUAAGGGUAGUACGGUCCAGUAGAUAAGGUACAAGAUUAGGAUCACAACAUGUGGGUAUUGUACCUGUCUAACAGCAAUCAGCUCGAUGACCUUCAGCAAAUCACUUUCUCUGUCUGUGCCUCAGUUUCCCUACUUAUAAAAAGAAGAUCAUAAUGAUUCUUUUUUAAGUGCUUUGAGCUAUAUAGCAGGGGGAGCACUGUACCGGGGUAUAUACAAUGAUUAUGUACAUUAGGCUGAAGCAGAAGAUAUGCCAUAGGUCUAAUGCUAGUCUUACAUCAGUGAGACUUCACUGACGUCGGUGGAAUUACUUCUUAUCUACAUUAUGCUGAGGUCAAAACCAGGACCAGAGUAUAUACUUCUGUGAUAGCUCUACAGCUUUUCAACUUGACUUAAUGUUACUAUCAUAAAAUUAUUAUUUCUGAAAACACAUUGAAACAAAAUUAAGUGGGAUAGCAAAAGCAUAUGCUAUAUCACUACUGUCUUACACUGUUCUUACUCUUUCAAGAAAAAUGAAAUGACGUGAUUUUCACUGUGUAGUGCCAUGAUUAUAAAU